AUGUACAGAGAGAUGAAGAUAUGUUGUUUUGUCGAAAAUCGGAGAAGGGUGCUUUUCGACCGGGAAGUCACAGCUUCAAACGAUCUGUUAUCUUUCAUCUCUGGUACUUCUCCAAUUACAGGUUGUGCAGAUGGUUGGAUUUGGCGAGCGACAAAGGAGGGCAUGUAUACAACAAAGUCUGCAUACGAAGUCAUCAAAGGGCUAGGAAACGAGGCUUUGUUGGAGUCUUGUAAUAGGGAAAGGUUGGCGAAAAUCUGGAACAUACAGGCUCCACAGAAGACGAGAGUAACGACGUGGAGAAUCCUCAGGGACCGGCUGCCAACGUGUGAAAAUUUGAGAAAGAGAAAUAUCCCACUUGGAGAGGAGGAGAUUAUGUGUAAUGCUUGUUGUCAACAUUUAGAAACGACAAAUCAUCUGCUUCUGUCGUGCCCGAAGACUGAAAAGGUUUGGAUUGGAAUUCAUUGGUGGCUGGGAAUAAAAGCAGCGUGGCCUCAAUCGGUUGAGGCUCACUUCGAUCUGUUCACAAAUCUUGACAAAGGAAAUGAAGGUCGACUUUUUCUUGCGACAGUUUGGGUUUGUACCACUUGGCUGUUGUGGAAACGACGUAAUGAAAGCAGAUUUGAGGGCAAGAAUUGGGAGAUCAAUGACGUGAUCGAAGAAGUGAAAGUGAGGAUGUGGAGUUGGAACAAGAUCUUUGGACUACUUGAUAAGGAAAUUAGUUCUCAAGCUUGGUUCUCUUGUGUAUUUCCUCUUGCUCUUGUGUAA